AUGGGUGUCGGAGGUGGAGAUGGUGGCGGAGUGGAGGUGGGCGGCGGAGGAGGUGGUGUCGGAGGUGGAUGUGGUGGCAGAGGAGGUGGUGUCGGCUGGAGGGAGAAGAGGAGAAGAGAGAGAAGAGAAGCCGAACUUCAAGAUACGGGCACAUCUAACCGAAGGAGAUAUAUUGAACGUCAACGUGAGGAGGGACAUGAGACACUCAUGGCGGAUUAUUUUGUCGAAGACCCGAAGUAUAACGAAGAUAUCUUUCGGCAUAGGUUCCGUAUGUCGAAACGUUUGUUUCUAAAAAUUGUGGCCGAUGUGGAAGAGAACGACCCGUGGUUUGUAGAGGCCCCCGAUGCGCGAGGUAAGAAGGGCUUUACGCCCUUGCAAAAGGUGACAUCGGCUAUUAAACAGCUCGCAACUGGUAACACUCCAGACGAGAACGACGAGUACUUGCAUAUGGCCGAAAGAACUUCCCGCGAGUGCCUAGAAUAUUUUUGUGACACGGUUUGCAAAAUAUACGGUCCAGAGUUCUUACGUAGACCGACAAGCCACGACAUGGCACUUUUAUACCAAGCUCAUGAGGAAAAACAUCACCUUCCAGGUAUGUUCGGUAGCCUUGAUUGCACCCAUUUCGUUUGGCGUUUUUGUCCGACAGAGAAAUUCAAGAGGCAACAUGAGGCGGCAAGAAAAGACGUCGAACGGGCUUUUGGUGUUUUGAAGGCGAAAUGGGGUGUAUUGAGUCGACCGAUGUGA